AUCAGUCUGUCGAGGACAUUUGCUAGCUCCAUCCUUGUUUCACAUAGACUUCGUUAUGGCUUCCCAACGGCUUGAGGUUUUGAAAGGGCAUCUUUGCGCUCCCGUGAGCCAUGCUGAGCAUGGCGUUUCCGCGAGCCGGACUUCAUCGCAAAGCGGAGGAGUUUGGGGUGCUGUGGCUCAAGCUCCAGAAGACCCUAUUCUUGGUGUAACCGUGGCUUACCAAAAGGAUCCGAGCCCGCUAAAGGUCAACCUUGGGGUUGGCGCUUACCGCACUGAGGAGGGGAAGCCGUUGGUGCUUGAUGUUGUGCAUCGUGCAGAGCUGAUGAUGCUUGCAGACAGGACCCUGAAUCACGAAUAUCUUCCUAUCGCUGGCCUUCCAGCAUUCAACAAGCUGACAGCGAAGCUGAUUCUUGGUGCUAACAGUCGUGCCAUUGCGGAAAAUAGGAUUGCUACUGUGCAGUGCCUUUCCGGGACGGGAUCUCUACGAGUGGGUGCAGAGUUUAUCAAUGCACACUACCCCUUCAACAAAUGCGUUUACCUGCCGUCACCCACCUGGGGGAAUCACAACAAGAUUUUUCCUUCUGGUGGGGUGGCUGUCAAGCCGUACCGAUAUUAUCAUAAGGGGACUCGUGGACUGGAUUUCGAAGGAAUGUGCCAGGACCUUUAUGCUGCCCCGGAUCGUAGCAUCGUCCUUCUCCAUGCUUGUGCGCACAACCCGACUGGUGUUGACCCCACGAAGGAGCAAUGGGAUAUGAUCCGCAAGGUUAUCCGAGCAAAAUGCCACUUGCCUUUCUUUGACAGCGCGUACCAGGGAUUUGCUAGUGGAAGCCUGGACGAGGACGCCCGUGCUGUGAGGAUUUUUGCGGACGAUGGUGGAGAGUGCAUGAUUGCUCAGAGCUAUGCCAAGAACCUCGGACUCUAUGGUGAACGCAUUGGGGCAUUGAGCAUGAUUUGUGCAUGUCCCAAGGCUGCAUCAAAGGUUGAGAGCCAGCUCAAGAUGGUGAUCAGGCCGAUGUACUCCAGCCCUCCAGCCCAUGGAGCUCGCAUUGUUGCAGCUGUUCUUUCUGACAAGGACUUGUUCAACGAGUGGACCCUGGAACUGAAAGGGAUGGCUGACCGAAUUAUCAGCAUGAGGCAGCAACUGUAUGCUGCACUGCAGCAGAGGAGGACUCCUGGUGACUGGACUCACAUACUGAAGCAGAUUGGGAUGUUUACGUUCACAGGCCUGUCAAAGGAGCAGGUUGCUUUCAUGACUCGAGAGUACCACAUUUACAUGACCUCUGAUGGGCGUAUCAGCAUGGCUGGUCUCGGCUCAAAGACUGUCCCCCAACUUGCAGAUGCAAUCCAUGCUGCUGUUCACAAGUUUGGGAUGUGAUUUACAUUCCAUCAUUGUCGUGUGCAUAACCACUGCCUCCUUUCCCGUUAUAGCUGUAGAUAGAUGCUGUUUGUGAGCUUGCUUUAUUGCCUACCUGUGAAACAUACCUGUUGCUGAAAUUCCAUGUCGCAAUUCCAUGCUUGGUUGA